UGCCAAGUGGCACAAGGAAGAGAAUGGAUGUUUCCGAGCAGGAUGAUGGUCUCUUCAAGACGCUGUUCCAGGAGUCGUUUCAAGAUGCAUGGAAGGAUAAUCCAGAUUUCUCUUUGUAUCUAGCAGAACUCAGUGCUUCCAGUGUGGAAAAAUUAAGCCGGGAACCUGAAAAACUUGCUGAAGAAAAGGCCCAGAUCUUAGAGCAAACUGAGCACUUGGCCUUUAACAACUACAAGACAUUCAUCAAAACUGCAGAAUGCUCCAAAGAAAUUUUUAAUGAUUUCGUGUCAGUGGAGGAGCAUGUUGAGUCACUUCUGGACAAGUUACCAACAUUUUCUGAAACAUGUAGCAAUUUCAUGAAGGUGGCACAAGAAAUUAACACAAGUCGUCACUUAAAUUCCUUGACAUUAGCACGGCAUACACAGCUGCUAGAGAUUUUGGAAAUCUCACAGUUGAUGGAUUCAUGCGUACGAAAUGGUUACUAUGAAGAAGCUUUAGAACUUUCAUCCUAUGUGCAGAGACUAGAAAAGAAACUUUCUAAUAUUCCCAUUAUCCAAAACAUUGUUGAUGUUGUACAGUCAUCAACUCAACUGAUGCUUUCUCAGCUGUUACAGCAGCUACGCUCAGCCAUCCAGCUUCCUGCUUGCCUGCGUGUGAUUGGAUACCUCAGGCGUCUUGAUUUGUUUUCAGAAUCUGAACUAAGGAUCAAGUUCCUUCAAGCCCGUGAUACAUGGCUUCAAAGUGUUCUUGCAUCAAUUUCUUCAGAUGAUCCUUAUUAUCACAUCACAAAGACAAUUGAAACCAGUCGUGUACAUUUAUUUGACAUUGUCACACAAUAUCGAGCUAUAUUCUCGGAUGAUGACCCAAUAUUAUCCAUGGAAAAUGAAGACAGUCCAAUUUAUGGUAAUUUGUUCCAUUGCUGGAUAGUGCAGAAGGUGCAGCAGUUCUUGAACACUUUAGAGAAUGACUUGGAGCAAGGGGUUGGAAACCGUCUUGACUCACUGCUUGGUCAGUGUAUGUACUUUGGUUUGUCGUUCAGCCGAGUGGGAGCAGACUUUAGAGGUCUUCUUCCUCCUCUCUUUCAUGCUGCAGCCCUGAAGUCAUUCAACACAGAAGUACAUAAUGCCACUGACAGUUUUCAUAAAGCCAUGAAAUCAUUCUCACCACAGCCAGUACCUUCUACAGUCACAUCCACAAUAAUUUCUACAAUGGCAACCAAGCCUGAUGAGCUCAAUCCUCCUAUUGAAUUGUUACAGCAUCCUCCAUUGGCAGCAUUCAUUAACAGUAUUCUCUCUGCUUUCAACAAUCUGAGGCAUUGUGCGCCAAUAUCCCUCGCAUCGCCUGUUACUGAUAGUGUAUGCAGUGCAUUGAAAACAGUCAUACAAUCUACAUGUGCAUUCCACAGGACUGAAGCAACAGCUCUUAAUGAGACAGAAAGAGCCUCAUUUGCCAAUUUUUGUCAAGUUUUGGGAAAACAAGUGAUGCCUUACAUGAAAGAAUGUUUAGAGGCAUUUUUUCCGAGUUCAGUCUUGACUAAUCUGUAUGGGGGUAGUUUCCUUGAUGUGCGGCUUGAUGUCGACGCCUUAUUGGUUCUUCUGGAACCCGUCAUGCCACAGGACUCCACACAGGAAAAAGACAAGCCUCCUCACCAAAAAAAUGAGGCUAAAAACAGCGAAUAUGAUCGAAGAAAGGAUCAAGAAAACUCGGAGUCAAAUGAAAGCAGGCUUUCAAAGGUGGAACCAAACAAAGAUGUUAAUGAGAAACUCCCGGAUAGUGUACAGCGAACACAAGAUUUGACCCAAGUUGAAGCCGUAUCGAGAUAAAUAAUUGUAAUAACAUUAAUGAUAACAAUGAUAACAAUAUUAAAGUAGCCAUCGAUGUA